GAUUUUUUUUUCUAAUUAAAAAUGCGUACUAGGUGAAACUUAUGACAAAUCAAAAUACUUUAUUUUAAGGACCGGAGGGAGUAAUAAUCAUCCAGUCUCACAAAUACGUAGAUUCAUUACAAAUUUUCAAUAAGCACAAACAUUGAGCACUAGUAUUUGUUUUUUAUGUGUUGCUAUUUGAAUUUUUAAUUAUUUCGGUAAAGUAAAUAAAUUUUAAUGUCAAAAGAAUAGUUUAUUUUAUUUUUUUAAUCAAAAUAAAUUAUGCGACGGAGGAAAUAUAAAUAAAACAGUAAUCCUGAUAGUAAAAGAAAAUAAUCGGCCACCGCUUUCUUGACCAAUUGGCCGCUUUUUGUUUCUGUCCCCUGCGAUUUUACAGUCACUUAUAAGUAGCGUAAACCCAAAGCCUUUUUUUUUCUUCUUCUUCUUCUUCCUUGGUUUUGCUGUAUCUCUCUGAGAGAGUUCCUCACAAUCGAUCAACAAUGGCGAACUCCGCGACGCAGCCCAGUCGAACAAAGGAUCUCGAGAAGCUGUUCCACCGUCCGGGUCCAUUGGUGGCGGCCACCUUUGAAGCUUCGUCGGAGAUGAUUAAUGAUUUGAAGGAGUAUGUCAAAGUUUUGGUGGUUGGGGCAGGCGGUUUGGGCUGCGAGCUGUUGAAAGAUUUGGCUUUGUCAGGGUUUUCAAACCUGGACGUGAUCGACAUGGACAGGAUUGAAGUCACCAAUCUUAAUCGUCAAUUUCUCUUUAGGGUCGAAGAUGUAGGGAAGCCAAAGGCUGAAGUCGCAGCUAAGCGAGUGAUGGAAAGGAUUAGUGGGGUGAAUAUCACGCCCCAUUUCUGUCGGAUUGAAGAUAAACCCAUGGAGUUCUACAGUGAUUUUAGCAUCAUUGUUCUUGGUCUUGAUUCAAUUGAGGCCCGGAGCUUCAUAAACUCAGUCGCUUGUGGAUUUUUAGAGUAUGAUUCUGAUGAUAACCCUGUACCGGAGACCGUGAAACCACUGGUGGAUGGUGGAACGGAAGGUUUCAAGGGCCAUGCAAGAGUUAUUCUACCAGGAAUAACUCCAUGUUUUGAAUGCACCAUUUGGCUUUUCCCCCCACAAGUGAAGUUCCCCUUGUGUACUCUUGCUGAAACACCAAGAACUGCCGCUCAUUGUAUAGAAUACGCUCACCUGAUCAAAUGGGAUGAGGUUCAUAGUGGUAAAAGUUUUGAUCCAGAUGACCCUGAUCAUAUGCAGUGGGUUUAUACUGAGGCUGUUAAGAGAGCUGAGCUUUUUGGGAUACCAGGAGUUACAUAUUCUUUGACACAGGGUGUGGUGAAAAAUAUUAUUCCAGCUAUAGCUUCCACCAAUGCAAUCAUUUCAGCAGCUUGUGCUUUGGAGACCAUGAAAAUUAUAACUGGAUGUAGCAAAACCUUGUCAAAUUACUUGACGUAUAAUGGUGUUGAAGGACUUCAUACUAAAGUGACAGAUUUUGUGAGAGACAAAGAAUGUCCGGUUUGUGGUCCUGGCGUUCUUAUCGAGUUGGAUACUUCAGUUACUCUAAGAAAGUUCAUCGAUUCACUCAAGGAUCACCCCAACCUCUUGCUAACUAGAGUUAGCGUCAGACACAGAGGGACGAACCUGUACAUGCAGGCACCUCCGAUACUUGAAGAGCAGACACGACCCUUUCUAGACCAACCACUCUUUGAAUUGAUGGGAAAAACUCGGAAGGAUAUUGUCAGUGUUACAGGCAUGGCUGGUAAAGCUGACAAUAAGCAAUCCUGCUCGAGGAAACUGAGGAUAGUGUUCAAGGGAGCUGAUGGUGUUGCUGAUAUGGAUACGGCUGGGGGAGCCUAGUCCUCUCCGUUGCCAUUACCUUCAGGUUUUAAUGUUAGUUGAUUCAAAGAUGAUUUUGAUGCUGUAAAGAGUCCAAUUAUUAGCUUACCUAAAGAAAAAAGGAUUGCUGAAGCGAAAUCAUAUUUCCUUGUAAGCAAUGACUAGCUCUUAAUUUUUUGGGUGAAUUUUUAGGGUCUUACCUGAAAAUUGUUAGUACCCCAACCAAAACCAGAAAGUUGUAUCAUGAUUAGAGAGAUUCUAGCUAAAUAUCAGUGCUUUUGGUUUCUACUGUCCACUUCUUUCAUAGCGAAGAAUCUUUUCGAGUUCAUGUUGUCGUGCCGACAUAUUUACCAUGUCUAUCUAUAAUUUGAUCUUCGACAAAGAAAACGUCCUUUUCCAGACGAAUUAAACUGUAUGUUUGCCGACCAAAUGCAACUGGAAAGGAAGAACGCGUUAAAUGCGCAAGAAACCGAC